AUGUUCUUUCUCGUUAUAUUGGUAUUUACUUGUGCGGCAAAAGCUGGACUGGGUGCGAAUAUCUCCGAUCCAUGCCCGAGCGUGUGCAAAUGCACACCUGAAGCGAUCAUCCGCUGCAACAGAGCCGGGCUGAGCGCCCUCCCUGCAGAAAUAGCCGCCUCCACCGUCUCUCUCAACCUCUCCAAUAACUAUUUGCGGAUCCUGAGCCCCAACGCGUUCGGAAACCUGACGUCCCUGCACAGCCUCUGGCUGGAUGGGAACAGCCUGUCUUUCCUGGCGCCGGGGACCUUCCUGGCUCUGGGGCAGCUGCGGGAGCUGCACCUCAGCGGCAACUCGCGCCUCACCUCCCUGCACCCAAACGCCUUCCGGGGGCUGCGAAACCUCGCCAGCCUGGAUUUAUCCCACUGCAGGAUCUUCGAAAUCCACCCGCUGCUGUUUUCCCACCUGCCCUCUCUAGAAAGGCUCGACUUGGCCUCCAACAACAUGCGCUACGUCCCGCGAGCCUUCGGGAACCUCUCCAGCCUGGCGACGCUCUCCCUGGAGGGAAACCACAUCGAAGCGCUGGGCAGAGACUCCCUGCGGGACCUGGAAGCCUUGUACGAGCUGAACCUCCGGAGGAAUCGGAUAUGGAUCAUUCAGACCGGCGCUUUCGCAAAGCUCCUCAGGUUGGGCGUGUUAAAUUUAGGCCACAACCACAUCGCCGAUUUGCCUAAUCGGCUUUUCGACGGCUUGAUCCAGCUCAAGACCCUGCACCUCGAAGCCAACCGGCUCACCGGGGUCGGCUGCGCCUUUCGGCAGCUGCCUAACCUGAGGAGCCUCUACCUGAACAACAACCAGCUCUCCUCCAUCUCCCCCUCGGCUUUCGCCCGCCUGACCAAGCUGCGCUUCCUCCACCUGAACAAGAACAACCUCAGCUCCCUUCCCGCCCGCCUCCUCGCCCAGCUGCCCGGGCUCAAACACGUCUUCCUGGCCCACAACCCCUGGCAGUGCGGCUGCGGCCUGCUCUGGGUCUCGCGGCGCGCGGCCAGCUCCGGCGGCACCGUGGAGGGGCUGCCCUGCGCCCUCCGGCCGGGGGCCUCCGCCGCCUGCCCCCCGCCGCCGGAGCUCGGCCCCGAGGACGAGUGCGGGGCGGCCGAUGCCGGUGGGACCCCCGGGCCGCGCGCGCGUCCCGGCCGGCUGCUCCCCGCCGUGGUCGCCUGCCUCGCUUGGGGCUUGGCGAGGAGUGACGCCUCGCCGGCCGCGUUUUGA